GGAAACAUUCGAGUUCGGCGUCUAGCCGAUGAUCACCUGCAAGUGUCUUAGCAGACCUUUUAUACACGAUACCUAAACUCAACGCAAAAAUCUCCAACGAAAUCACCCCUCCUUUUCCAAUCUGCAGUAUUCAUCAAUUAUGCAUUUCUCCUCCUCAAUUUGUCGCCGACUUCUCAGGACUUACCACCAGCCGAGCCUCUUUCCAUGUGUUUCUCUAGCCAACCGUGCCCAUACGGCCUUUUCCCGCCACGCUACCCAAUCAGUUCAACCCCUGUCCAGCAAAGCAGUUGUUGCAGUACUAUACCAGGCUUUAGAACCUCCAAUCGUCAAUGGGGUUAGAAAGCCGGCAAAACCUGGAGGCUACCAGGACUCGGGUGCCGAUAUUGCCUACUCGCUGCAGAAGCAGGCCGGCAUCGACGUCGUCACGCCUAUAGAUUCCCCAGACCCCGCAGACCAGAGCGCUUGGUGCUUCCCCGACACAGAGGAAGGCAUAUUGUCUGCACUGAGCAAAGGAGCCACACAUCUCUGGGCCAACACUAUCCUAUUCGCCUCGCAUCCUCUGCAGGUUUCGCAGAGCGUGCGCAAGUAUCAAGAUCAGGUCAAUGUGAUCGGCCAGCCCCCAACACUGGUCGAGCAAUUUGAUGACAAGAAUUAUGUCAACAGCUUAUUACGUACUAAGGGGACUUUCACCAUGCCAAGAUCGUGGAUCUUGAAUGCCCACGACAAGGGCUGGAAAGCAGUGCUAGACUCCAUGUCUUAUCCUGUCGUGGGAAAGCCGAUUCGUGGACGUGGCUCCCACGGCGUGAAGAAGUGUGAUACCAAGGAUGAGCUUGAAAAACAUGUGGAAAGUCUUUUCAGCGAAUCUCCGUCCAUCAUGGUAGAGGAGUAUCUGAGCGGAGAAGAGUCGACGGUGACUGUCAUGCCUCGCUCGAAAGAGAAGAAUAGGUACUGGUCGAUGCCCAUUGUCACUCGUUUCAACCAUGUUGGAGGCAUAGCGCCCUACAAUGGCGUAGUCGCUGUGACUGCCAACUCUAGAGUGGUCACAAAAGAAGAGUAUGCUAAGGACCCCAAUUAUGAUAUUGUGGCGCGAGAAUGUGAGGCUGUCGCCGAGGAACUUCGUCCCACAGCACCGAUCCGGAUAGACGUUCGUCGCUUCAAAAACGACGCAAGCUCCAAGUUUGCGCUGUUCGACAUCAACAUGAAACCGAACAUGACAGGGCCAGGGCGACCGGGACGGGACGAUCAAGCAAGCUUGACGCUUCUAGCUGCAGCAGGACUAGGUUGGGAUUAUCCGAGGCUGUUGUCAGAGAUGCUGAAAAGCUCUUCUUCUCUCCGAGUACUUCGGCACAGAAAGCCAGAGAACAAGUGAUGUACACUGGUGUUUAGAUCUUGUAUAUAUAUUCUACGGACCCAGACACGAGUUUCAAGGGAAGAUUGAUGAUAUUGGCCUGAAAGAUGGCUGGGGAGACGCUCUUUCGGCAUGAGUACCUAGCUAGGUACAUGUUCACUGCAUUCGCAGUGCCAAAGACUAUCAAGAUGUCCCUCCCAGUAUCACGAACAACUAGACCAAGCUCUUCGAAAAUGUUUAGUUCGUU